AAAAAAGAACAGAAAUCCAAAUAUAUUAAUAAAAUAGUUUUUGUCCUCUUUCAUGCUUUUCUUGCAAAUAAAUCGGUCUAUUCACAUGGCCGGCUGAUAAAUGAGAAACGAAUUUGGGAAAUAAAUCACAAACUGCCACUUGUUAGAGAUACUCUCUCAAUCAUGUUGACUGAGGUAUGAUAAACCAGUAUCCUCGUCUCAUAUAUAUGACAUUUACUUUUCAAUAUCUCAUUCCAUUCUUACUCAUAUAUGUUACUAUAUAACUUUGUAAUGAAAUCAUUUGUUACCUUUUUCUGAAACCAUAAGAGUCCAAAUUCAUCGAGUAUAUUACAAAUAGUGAGCACAAACGAUUCUUCCUUCAAUAAUCAAAUUAAUAAAAUAACAACAAAUCCGUUUAGUAUGUUAUAACCGCGUCAUCGUAUUAAAUUAAUUUUAAUUGUAAAUAUUAUUAAAAACUAUUGAAAAGGGAAAAUUCUAAAAAAGAUUAUUGAGAUCCAAAGGCAUCAGAAAACCUUCAGAAGAAUUUGAUCUCAUCCCUCUACCGAUAUAUAAUUUACAUAUUAUAUACAAACGGUUUUGUUCUCUACUGUUUUUCUUUAAAGUGGAUUCAUGAAUCUUUCUACACAAAACGAGUGUUGAUCUUAGAGAGAACCGUCUUCUGCAGAAACUGUUGGUCAUUGAUCGUCUUUAUAUGCGUUAAUGGAACGCACGUUCUCUCUCUCUUAAAAACAUUUAAAUUAAUCAAAACAACCAAGUAGUAGUAGUCUUUCACUCGUUCUACAUCUCCUAGGCAGAGAGCAUAACGUGAGCUGUUUAAUUAAUCUCUCUCUUCUCCUUCUUCAUCUUUUUUGUUCUUUCACGUGAAGUCAAACUCAAUAAACUCUCUUACAGCCCAUGAAUGAUCUCCUUCUCUCUCCCUGCCCUUGUCUGAACAUGAAGAAGUCUGCUCAACAUCUCAUCCUCUGAUUCGUUUCCCAUUUGCCUAAACAAGCAAGAAGAAGAAGCUUCUGCUUCAACAUUACAAACAUGGAGUUCAAAAGAGACAAUACUGUCAGAUUCUAUGGAGACGAGAAGCAAACCCUAGAAGUAACAGAGAAGCGUCUACCAUUACCAAUGUUCAAAUCAUCAGCAGCUCCAUUUCAAAAACAAGAGUUAGGAACCUCAAAGAAGAGUAUCUUCAAGAUCCCUAGGUUCGGUAGAUUCAAAGUCUUCCCGGAGAAUUUCGAGAUCGAGAGAGACAAGAUUCUAGAUCCUGGUGGUGACGUAGUGCUUCAAUGGAACAGAGUUUUCCUCUUCUGGUGUCUCGUUGCUCUUUACGUAGACCCUUUGUUCUUCUUCCUCUAUUCAGUCAAACGCACCGGACGAUCCUCUUGUAUGACCACAGAUUUGAAUCUUGGAAUCGUCGUUACUUUCUUCAGAACACUAGCGGAUCUCUUCUACGUCUUGCACAUUGUCAUCAAGUUCAGAACGGCUUACGUGUCUCGUACUUCGAGAGUGUUUGGUCGUGGAGAACUUGUGAAAGAUCCUAAGUUGAUUGCUAGAAGAUACUUGAGAUCAGACUUCAUCGUUGACCUCAUCGCUUGUUUGCCUCUUCCUCAGAUUGUUAGUUGGUUUAUUUUGCCAUCAAUCAGAAGCUCACACUCAGAUCAUACAACAAAUGCACUUGUCCUCAUUGUUCUUGUUCAAUACAUUCCUAGGCUUUAUCUCAUUUUCCCUCUAAGCGCUGAGAUUAUCAAAGCUACCGGAGUAGUCACAACCACAGCUUGGGCCGGUGCUGCUUACAAUCUCCUUCAGUAUAUGCUUGCUAGCCAUAUUCUAGGAGCGGCGUGGUAUCUACUGUCGAUACAACGGCAAGCUACAUGUUGGAAAGCAGAAUGUCAUAAAGAAUUUGCGCCUCUAGAAUGUGUUACAGAUUUUUUUGACUGUGGUACAUUGCACAGACCAGACCGGAAUAACUGGCAGAACAUAACAGUUGUCUUCAGCAACUGUGAUCCUUCGAAUGAUAUCAAAUUCACUUUCGGGAUAUUCGCGGAUGCUCUAACCAAAAACGUGGUUUCUUCGCCGUUCUUGGAGAAGUAUUUGUAUUGCUUAUGGUUUGGAUUACAGAAUCUAAGUUCUUACGGACAGAAUCUUGAUACAAGCACCUCUGUUCUUGAGACAAUGUUUGCUAUCCUUGUGGCUAUCUUUGGUCUUGUUUUGUUUGCUCUUUUAAUCGGAAACAUGCAGACGUAUUUGCAAUCGAUCACUGUGAGGCUUGAGGAGUGGAGACUGAAGAGAAGAGACACAGAAGAAUGGAUGGGACAUCGUCAACUACCGCAGGAUCUUAGAGAACGAGUGAGACGUUUUGUUCAGUAUAAAUGGUUAGCUACUCGAGGAGUUGAUGAAGAAACCAUUCUUCAUUCUUUACCAGCAGAUCUUCGCAGAGACAUCCAACGACAUCUCUGUCUCGACCUUGUUCGUCGUGUGCCACUGUUUGCGCAAAUGGAUGAUCAGUUACUAGAUGCGAUAUGUGAACGGUUAGUGUCAUCUCUAAGCACACAAGGGAACUACAUUGUACGUGAAGGUGAUCCAGUGACCGAAAUGCUCUUCAUCAUCCGUGGAAAGCUCGAUAGCUCGACGACUAACGGAGGCAGAACCGGUUUCUUCAACUCAAUAACACUCAAACCAGGAGAGUUCUGCGGAGAAGAGCUUCUUGCAUGGGCAUUGCUUCCAAAAUCAAAAGUAAACUUACCAUCAUCUACAAGAACGGUGCGAGCUUUAGAAGAAGUUGAAGCCUUUGCUUUACAAGCAGAGGAUCUCAAGUUUGUUGCUAACCAGUUCAGACGUUUACAUAGCAAGAAGCUGCAACACACAUUCCGUUAUUACUCACACCAGUGGAGAACGUGGGCUGCUUGUUUCGUACAAGUGGCUUGGAGACGGUAUAAGAGAAGAAUGGUGGCUAAGAGUCUUAGCUUGGCUGAGUCAUUCUCAUCUUAUGAAGAAGAAGAAGCUGUUGCGGUUGCAGCUGAGGAGAUAAUGAGCCAACAAGGAGAGAGACAGAGCAGUAAUCCAUCGCGUCAUUCUACUUCUAUUGGGAAACCACAUUUUGCUGCAACGAUACUUGCUUCGAGGUUUGCUAAGAACACGAGGAAGACGGCUCAUAAGUUGAAGGACGUUGAGGUUCCUAUGCUUCCUAAACCGGAUGAACCUGAUUUCUCUGUCGAUGGAGAUUAGCCCGUUUUGAUAUUAAUCAAAAUCUAUUUAAAGUUAGAAAACCAGUUUGUUAAAUAUCAAAACUUUGCUGCUUGAAGUUUAUUUCAAAAAUCGGCAGCAGUUUGUAUAAAUACAGAAUACACAUCUGACUUUUUUUUUUUUUAAUAUCCAGAUUCGAGAUUGUUUUUAUUAACUUUUUGUAUAAAUUAUAGAGAAAAAGACCAAAAUAGCACUAAAUCAAGUUUUUGUUCCCAAACUAGCACUCAAAGCCAAAAGUCA